AUGAUUAAGUUCGGAGUUUUCAGACUGGAAGGGAAGGUGACGAUCAUCACCGGCGGUGCAAGCGGGAUUGGAGCUAGUACAGCGCGAAUUUUUCAUGAAAAUGGAGCAAAAGUCAUAAUCGCCGAUAUCCAAGACAAAGUUGGCCAAAAAAUCGCCCACAAACUCGGUGAAGACGUAAGCUAUAUCCACUGUGAUGUGAUGCAGGAAGACGAUGUUGCCAAGCUGGUCGACACCACCGUCCACCGGCAUGGCAAGCUUGACAUUAUGUACAACAAUGCCGGCGUCAUCGACCGUAAGCAUGGCGGUAUAUUUGACGUUACAAAGUUUGACUUGGACAAGGUGGUGGGCGUAAACGUGAUGGAUGCAUUUUGGGGGGCAAAGCACGCAACUAGAGUAAUGAUACCAAAGAAAAACGGGUGCAUUUUGUUCACAAGCAGCGCAACUACCAACGUUGCUGGUCUCUCAACGCACUCAUACGCAUCCUCCAAAUGCGCAGUUCUUGGUUUGGUUAGGAACCUAGCCGUCGUCGAGCUUGGGAAACAUGGUAUUACAGUCAAUUGCGUCGCCCCCUACAUUGUGGCCACUGGGAUUUCAGGGGCUAGAGUCCCAGCGAAAGCUAUUGAGAUCUUGACCACCAGCUGGGCCAAUCUCAAAGGUCGUGUCCUUAAGGCUGAUGACAUAGCCAUGGCCGUGCUUUACUUGGCUAGCGACGAUGCCAACUAUGUCAGUGGUCUCAAUCUUGUGGUCGAUGGAGGCUAUAGCUUCGUCAAUCCUUCCAUGCUUAAUUAA